AUGGCGGUCUAUAACACGUCGGCAAGGAACCACGUGUGGCUGGCGUGGUUUGUGCUGCAGGUCCCCAUCAUCGUCCUUAUCGAUGGGCUAGACUACUUCUUCCCUUCUUCCAUGUAUGAGCCUGCCGGUGCGCCGCUGCACUUUGCCUACAACAUCAAGCAAGACUACGUCGCGACAUACAACGACCCGAUUGGGCAGUGGUCGCCCGAGACUGCAUCUGGCCACGACAGCUGGAUGGGUCUGUUCCUGUAUCUCGAGUUUGCAUUCAUUCUGCCUGCCGUCCUGUACGCCGUCUUCCAACUGGGCGUGAUGCGCCGCGGCACGUCGGGCGCUACCGAGUUGUUGCUCCUCCUGUACGGCUUUGAGACGGCCCUGACGACGCUCGUGUGCAUCCACGACGUCGCGUACUGGGACCCUGCCGCGUACUCGCCCGAGGUGAAGCGGACCUUGACCUUCCAGUUAUUUGGGCCGUGGUUUGCCAUUCCAUUUCUCAUGUCCAUCGACAUGGCGUGCAGAAUUCUCGCCCGCUUCAAGGCUGCCGAUGCUGCCCUCGCGAGCAAGAAAGGCCAGUGA